UUGAAGCGCUAGGCUUGGGUUUAUUAGCAUGAGGGAGGAGCGGGCGCGGGCGCUUGGUUGGAGCGUCGCCGCAUCCCAGGUCCCGGGAAAGUUUUUUCAGAGGACCCCCCCGGAGUGGCCAUGUCCCACGGUCCCCGGCAGCCAGGCGCAGCCACCGCACCUGCGGGAGGCAAGACUCCGGGCCAGCAUGGGGCCUUUGUAGUGGCUGUCAAGCAGGAGCGCAGCGAAGGUCCCCGUGCCGGAGAGAAGGGGCCCCAGGAGGAGGAGGCUAGGCCCCGCCCACACGCCCCAGACCCCGCCCACAGUUCUCAGAGCCCCUCCCAAGGACACAGCCCCCUCCUGCAGCCAGUGAAGAAGCGAGGCUGGCCCAAAGGCAAGAAAAGAAAGAAGAUUCUCCCCAAUGGGCCCAAGGCCCCGGUCACGGGCUAUGUUCGCUUCCUGAACGAGAGGCGGGAGCAGAUUCGCACCCGACAUCCGGACCUUCCCUUCCCGGAGAUCACCAAGAUGUUGGGCGCGGAGUGGAGCAAGCUGCAGCCAGCAGAGAAGCAGCGGUACCUGGAUGAGGCAGAGAAGGAGAAACAGCAGUACUUGAAGGAGCUGUGGGCAUACCAGCAGUCAGAGGCCUACAAGGUCUGCACCGAGAAGAUCCAAGAAAACAAAAUAAAAAAAGAGGACUCCAGCUCUGGGCUCAUGAACACCCUCCUGAAUGGACACAAGGGUGUGGACUGCGGCGAUGGCUUUUCAACCUUUGAUGUUCCCAUCUUCACUGAAGAGUUUUUGGACCAAAACAAAGCACUCCAGGACCAGUUCCAGGGCUCUGACUCCUGUCCUGCAGCACGCGAGGCAGAGCUGCGGCGCCUGCGGAAGAUGAACGUGGCUUUCGAGGAGCAGAACGCAGUGCUGCAGCGCCACACUCAGAGCAUGAACAGCGCUCGUGAGCGUCUGGAGCAAGAGCUGGCGCUGGAGGAGCGGCGCACGCUGGCGCUGCAACAGCAACUGCAGGCUGUGAGACAAGCGCUCACGGCUAGUUUCGCCUCUCUGCCGGUGCCCGGUGCGCAGCCCCGCCCACAGCUCUGGGCCCGCCCACAGCCCCGGGCCCGCCCACAGGACGUUCUGUUAGGCCCCGCCCCAAUUCCGCGCCAGGCUCCGCUUCCGCAGUAUCUGUCCCAUCUACCGGACGCGGACCUGCCUGUUGCGCGCACCGGGGAGACGCCGACGCUCGGAACGCUGGACUUCUACAUGGCGCGGCUUCACGGAGCCAUCGAGCGCGACCCGGCGCAGCACGAGAGACUGAUCGCGCGCGUCAAGGAGAUCCUGGCGCGAGUAGCCAGCGAGCACCUGUGACAGGCCUCUUGGACCGGGAGACGCCCCUCCACACCCGCCCAGGAAGAAGCUGCACCUUGGGGUCUCCAGACCCCCCUCAAAUGAAAUCUCAACUGCAUCCCUUUAACCUCGAACCCCAACCCAGGUUGCAGAGCCCGGAAGACCUGCCUGCCUCACAGGGAGGGUCACAGUACAGUGGGUCAGGAACAGAGGAACCAUGGCCUCCGGACUCAGAUACCCCACCGCCACCCCUGAUGAAGAGCAGGACCCUAGGCCACUCACCAUACAGCCACUGGACCCACUGGGCAGGCGCUAACCAAGCAGCGCCGGGGUAGGGGUGGGGUAGUCCAACAGCCCCUUACCCCACGCCUUUCAUCACUCAAUCCGGACUUUUAAAUAUGUGUCAAUAAAAGCAAGUGAGUUUUCAUUCAA